AUGGGUCGGAUACCGCUAUCGAAGGCUAAAUUAAAUCUUACCAUAGCUGGAGCAACAGUUUCCAAACAGCUUGCCGCAAUUCCUGACGAGCGUCUCCUGGGCUACGGCUUGAGUGGAAUCGGUGGAUACGGUACUUACGCCUUGGAUGGACUGGGUGGUUACGGCGGUUUGGGUACUUAUAGAGGACUAGAUUACGGUGGUCUCGGGACUGUCGGCUAUGGCGGUCUUGGCGGCUACGGUUCAGGUGGACUUGGUUACGGACGCGGAGGCCUGAUCUACGACGAGGACCUCAGUGCCGAGAACGACGAAUUCCCGGAUGAAGCCAUGACCUCCAAGGGCGACUACAAGACCGUCAUCAUUCCCGGUCACAAGAUCCGCAAACUGAAGAUGAAGCUGUACAAGAAGCACGGAGAAGAGUCCGCUAUCGACCACGCCACUACCAUCACCGGCAAUUCCAAUAUGGAGACCAUGCCCACCGAGAACAAGAGUGGCAACGAGAAUAUCUACGUCAUCCGUGUCUCCCCAUCAUAUCUUCCGCCGUCUCAUGCAUCAGAUGCGUGAAGCUGCAGAGGUCACGCCCAUUACCGACAACAGUGCCACUGAAUGCAACGUGGACAGCAUUAGCAACAUCUGUGGACAACAGCCAAGAGGAAGCGUCUCUAGUGGAAGAGCGUGCAUAUGAACUGCGUGAGCGUCUUAUCAAGCGCGGUAAAAGAGAACGCCAUGAUCCGGAUUGUUACUGUACCGCGUCAUAUCUGUCUUUAAGGGCCUAAAAUAUUAAGCUCGCGGAGGGUGACGAAUAAUUGCGACUUGUUUUAUUUAUUUUUUAAAAGCUGCGCUGUUCUGGUCAGCAAAUGAAGAAUCGUGUUUGCCGAA